CGGAAGCAUCUCUCUUUUCCCCUUCCUCCUCCAGCGGCAGGAUGUGAGCUACCGGAUGGUCUAUGCCCAGCCGAAGGUGCUAACACCCAGUAGGAACGAUGUUCUUGUCUUGACUCCUUGGCUGGCUCCUAUCAUCUGGGAAGGCACCUUCAACAUCGACAUUCUAAAUGAGCAGUUCAGGCUUCAGAACACCACAGUUGGACUGACCGUGUUUGCUAUCAAAAAGUACGUGGUGUUCCUGAAGCUGUUCCUGGAGUCAGCAGAGCAGCGCUUCAUGGUGGGACACAAGGUCACCUACUAUGUCUUCACUGACCGUCCAGCCGAUGUGCCGCAGGUGCCGCUAGGAGCAGGCCGGAAGCUGGUGGUGCUGACUGUGCGCAACUACACCCGGUGGCAGGAUGUGUCCAUGCACAGGAUGGAGAUGAUCAGCCGCUUCUCAGAGCAGCGCUUUCUGCAUGAGGUGGAUUACCUGGUGUGUGCAGAUGUGGACAUGAAGUUCAGUGACCACGUGGGUGUGGAGAUUCUCUCAGCACUCUUCGGCACCCUGCAUCCUGGCUUCUACAGUAGCAGCCGAGAGGCCUUUACCUAUGAGCGCCGGCUGAAGUCCCAGGCCUAUAUCCCCCGGGAUGAGGGUGACUUUUAUUAUGCAGGUGGCUUCUUUGGGGGGUCAGUGGUGGAGGUGCACCGUCUCACCAAGGCCUGUCAUCAGGCUAUGGUAGAGGACAAGGCCAAUGGCAUUAAUGCCAUGCAUGAUGAGAGCCAUCUGAACAAGUACCUUCUAUACCACAAGCCAACAAAGGUGCUGUCCCCAGAGUAUGUGUGGGACCAGAAGCUGCUGGGCUGGCCCUCCAUCAUGAAGAAGUUGAGAUAUGUGGCUGUACCCAAGAACCAUCAGGCAAUCAGGAAUUGAUAGAUACGUUUCUGUUGGAGAGCACAGGUAGUCAAGGCUGUGUAAAUUGGAAGGAUUUGAGAGACGUUUCCGAAGUGUCACCCUCUCCCCCACCUCAGAUGCCAGCAGACCCAGUACCACCUGUCUUACCACAUACUGAGCCCUUGGACUGGCAACCACCUUCAGCUCCCACUGUGUCCUUAUGCUCCUUCUACUCAGUCAGAUGGUAGCAGGAGCCUCCAGAACAUGGGAGAAACUAUGUUGUGCAGCUACCUGAGGGCCAGGGCAUCCUCACUCUGGUUGUCUCUUCCUCUGCUGGAGGCUUGACAGAUGGCCAGUGCCCUUAGGGCUGGGCAGGAGGGCAGGGAGGAUCACAUCCUGCAGGCCUCAGAGGUGCUUAGCUCCUGUUCAGCCCAGCUGGCAGAUUGGCAUCCUGUGACCAUGGCCUCUGCUCACUUCUGGUUCAUUUGGGAAUAGUUAGUUAUCCAUCCUGGAAUAAAUGUAUUUCUGGAUGAUAUGGGAAGUUUAGAUUUUUUUCUUUUCUUUUUUUGAGGUACUUGUGAUUGAAACCAGGGUCUCAUGUAUGUUUGUCAGACAUGCUGCCACUAGAGAUAAAUGACUAAACUUGCUGCAUUGUUUUUA